AUGAUGAGCUUACAAACAUUAGCUGCCGUAUUGGCACUACUUCCGGCAGCCACGCUCGCUCACCCGGGGGAGAAUGUCGCGGCAAUCAAGCGGGAGAUGGCCCAACGUAACACUCAGCACGCAUACGCCAGCCGCGCAUUAGCCAAAUGCCAGAAUUCACCUCAAGCAGUGGCCUUGAAGGAACGCAGCGCUGCUCGCCGAGCAGCCAAGGCGAUGGAGCUUCGAGAAAGACGCGGAUUGGCAACAGAGCGCAUGUCCCAUCACAAGAGGGACCUCACAAUGCUCGAAUACUACGCAUCUGAAAGUCACAACAAAUCCUCGACAGGAUACACAAUCGAGACUCCGGAGGACACCAUCUUCGGUUCUAACAACACAUGUGCGCUCGUCCCUGAGACCACUAUCGGACCGUACUACGUGACCGGGGAAUACAUUCGAUCCAACAUCACCGAGGGACAAGCCGGCGUUCCCAUGCAUAUAGAACUGCAGCUUGUUGACAUGAAUACUUGCGAGGCCAUUCCUGAAGUUCUCGCCGACAUCUGGCAUUGCAAUAGCACAGGAGUGUAUUCCGGCAUCGACACGAGCCAAGGAGAGGGAGGCCUGAACUCGACGUUCCUUCGCGGCGUCCAGAUUGCGGACUCCGAGGGGGUGGCCAGCUUCGAUACCCUCUUCCCUGGGCACUACGAUGAUCGCGUUACACAUCUGCACGUGGUCUUGCAGAACAACUACACUGUGCAGCCCAAUGACACAUACACCGGAGGGACGACUCUUCACAUCGGGCAGCUAUACUUUGACGAUGCGCUUGUGCAGGCUGUCGAGGCGACGACUCCAUACAACACAAACACCAUCCCUUUCACCACGUGGGAGGUGGAUGGUUGGAUGUUGGAGGAAGCCACUACGGACUACGAUCCAUUUGUGGAGUACGUGCAGCUUGGCGAAGACUUGGAGGAUGGACUGCUGGCGUGGAUCACUGUUGCUGUAGAUCUAAGCAGCAAUCAUGACACCAACCUUACGGCUGCAGCUCACUACUACGGGACAGGGGGUGUUGCAGUCAAUGGAAGUAGCAAAGGGCUGCCUCCCUCGAACCCCAAUGCAUCAUAG